AGGGAAAAAAGAGAAGAAAGAGAGGGGAAGAGAAGAAAGAAAAAAGAAGGGAAGAGAAAAAAGAAAAGAAAGAAGGGGGGAGGAAAGAGGGGAAGAAAAAAAGGGGAGGGAGGGAGGGAGAGAGAGAGGAGGAAAAGAGGGGAAAAGAAAAGGGGAGAAAAAAAGAAGGGGAGGAGAAAAAAGAAAGGGGGGAGGAGAAAAAAAAAGGGGGAGGAAAAAAAGAGGGGAGGAGAAGGGGAGAAGGAGAGGGGAGGAAAAGGAAGGGGGAAAGAAGGGAGGAGGGAGAAAGAGGGAAAGGAAAGGAGAAGAGAGAGGGAAAAGAGAAAGGAAGGGAAAGGAAAGGAGAAGAGAGAGGGAAAAGAGAAAGGAAGGAAAAGGAAAGGAGAAGAGAGAGGGAAAAGGGAAAGGAAGGGAAAGGAAAGGAGAAGAGAGAGGAAAAGAGAAGGAAGGAAAAGGGAAGGAGAGGGGAAGGGAAGAGGAGGGAAGGGGAAAAAAGGAAGGAGAGAAGAGGGAGAGGGAAAGAAGAAAAAGAGGAAAGAAGAAGGGGAAGAGGGGAAAAAAGAGGAAAGAGAAAAAAGAGGGGGGAGAAGGGGAGAAAGGGGGGAGAGGGGAAGGAAAGAGAAAGAGGAGAGAAGGGGAAAGGAAAGAGGGAGAGGGGAAAGAGAGGAAAGGGAGAAGGGGAGAGGAAAGAGAAGAAAAGGGAGGGGAAAGAGGAAAGAGGAGGGAGAGGGGGAAGAAAAAGAAGAGGGAGAGGGGAAAGAAAAAGGAGGGGAAAGGGGGAAGAAGAGGAGAGAGAGAAGGGGAAAGGAGAAGGGAAAGGAAAGAAAAGAAAAGGGAAGGGAAAAGAAGAGGGAAAGGGAGAGGGGAAAAGGAAAGGAAGAGGAAGGGGAAGGGAAGAGAAGAGGGAAAGGGGAAGGGGGAAAAAAAGAAGGGGAAAAAAGGGAAGGGAAAAAACAAAAGGAGAGGGGAAGGAAAAGGAAGGAGGGAAGGGGAGGGGGAGGGAAAGGAGAGAAGGGAAGGAAGAAAAGAGAGGAGAAAAUGAAAAGAAGGAAAAGGGAAGGGGGUUAA